AUGUCUCACCACGGACAGAAGGUCACCACGGACCCCGAAUCCUACAAGAACCCGAUCCAUGAAGGCGUCGGUACUGUAACCUCUGAUUCCCUCGCCGCCGAGUCUCUCAAAAAGGACGGUUCCUUUGGCUCCGAAAACCCCAAAGCCGCGGCCUCACAGCAACCCUCCGCCUCAACCACGACCAACAACACCGACACCAGCAACGCCACCCGCCUCGACCCCGCCGUCGACGCUCACGCCCGCGAAGCCCAUGAAUCCUGGAAGGAAGAAGCAACCCUUUCGACCAAGGGCCUCGGCCGCGAAUCCGGAGUAGGUCCAACCUACAACACCCCCGGCUCCUCCGUCAACUCACACGGCACCACCCGCGGCAUCACCACCACCACAUCAGGCGGCGCCGACGCUGUCCAAGGCAACAUUGCCCCGCUGGAGGCAUAUGCGGGCCAGGAGCUCGACAACGGCGUGUACAAGCCCAAGGGCCGCAAUGUAACCGAGGAUCCCAAUCUACAUGGCGACCAGAAGUUUGGCGCGGUUGGGACGGAGAAUGAUCCCGGGCGCGUGGCGGAGCUGGAGUUUGCGAAGAGGGCGAGUGCGGUUGCGGGAGGGGGGAAAGGGGGGUUGGAAAAGGGCGGGGAUGGGAGGUUCAGUGGGCUGGCGAGGGAUGAGGCUGCGUAG